UUCGGCUCCGUUGCUUUCGCAGGAGGUGUAGGGAUUGCAGGCGUCGCUUCUUCGGCUUCUUCGGCUCCUUCGUGGCUGUUCGCCUUCGCUCCUGCGACGACUUCAACCCGGAUCGGAAGUUACGACAUUUUGAUCGGAAGCAAGAACGGGAGCUCUCUGGCUGUGAAGCCCCUUAGACUGCUGCUUUUUCCGAGCUAUUUUCUGGAACUUACCAGGACCAACCUAUCACAAACCGGCAUGGGCGAAACUAGCGAUCGUAGCACAGAAGAUGUAAGUGAAUUAAAGGAGCUGGGUGAGGACAUCCGAGCUAGGAAGAAGAAAAGAUUACGAAAUGAUCUUAUCAGUUCGACAGAUAGGCGUGGUAUCUGCUACUUCAGUCGGGUUCCACCCCACUUGGAUCCGGCUAGCCUCCGCCAAAUCCUCUCUAAGUUUGGAGAUUUACAAAGGAUAUACCUCGUUCCCCAAGAUCAUAAUGCCCAAGUACAACGUAAGCAAGUUCGUGGGUUUCGAGGAAAACAAUUUUCAGAAGGUUGGGUCGAGUUCGCUGAUAAAAGCAUUGCCAAAAGAGUUGCUAGGAUGCUAAAUGGUGAACAAAUGGGUGGGCGGCGGAGAUCAACAUUUUAUUAUGACAUUUGGAAUAUCAAGUACUUGAGUAAAUUUAAAUGGGAUGAUUUGACUAAUGAAAUAGCAAAUAAAAAUCGCACUCGAGAGCAGAAGUUAGCCAUGGAGAUUUCUGCUGCUAAGAGGGAGCGUGACUUCUAUAUGUCAAAAGUUGAUCAAUCCCGUGCUUUGAAUUCCAUCAAGGAGCGCAUGAAAAAGAAACAGAAGAGAAGUGAAACAGCACCUGGUGAUAAAGCUUCCAAUGAACUGGAAUCCAGAGUUGUCAGGCAAUUUCCACAGAACAAACCUUUCUUAGAACAUAAUGCCAAAAGAAAAAAUCAUCUCUCCGCAGAUGUAUUGGCAGGGGUAUUUACUGGCAGUUCUUGAUCUUUAUUCUUGCAAUUCAAAAAUUCAAAAACCUAGAGCUGAACUGUAGAGACUAUGAAGCCCUACUAGAAUUUUUUUUUUUAAAUGUUGAAAAUAAUUUUAUUAAUUAUUUGUUUUUAUUUUAAGGUCCAUGACAUAAUCCAUGAAUGAAUGCAAAAGAAUUUUGUGCUUGAGAGCU